AACUUUUUUAACUCAAUGUCAAAGUCGUACCAUUCCUUUCAAAACUCAAAAUGGCGUUGAAUCUUGUUGUAAAGGUUCAUCCUGUUGUUUUAUUCCAAAUAGUUGAUGCAUAUGAACGGCGCAAUGCAGAUUCGCACCGAGUCAUUGGAACAUUAUUGGGCACUUCUGAUAAGGGUGUUGUAGAAGUGACCAACUGCUUCUGUGUACCGCACAAGGAACAUGCAGACCAAGUGGAGGCCGAGCUCAACUAUGCCCUGGAUGUUUAUGAACUCAACAGAAGGGUCAAUGCAUCUGAGAGUAUUGUGGGAUGGUGGGCAACAGGCAACGAAGUAACAAACCAUUCUUCAGUGAUUCACGAAUACUAUUCUCGGGAAUGCCGUGAGCCAGUUCACCUUACAGUAGACACAUCACUAGCGGGAGCACGAAUGGGGCUGCGAGCUUACGUGUGUGUAGCACUUGGUGUGCCACGUGGCAAGCAAGGGUGCAUGUUCACGCCUAUUGAUGUAGCACUCACGGCUUAUGAUCCUGAGAUUGUGGGAAUGCAGUUAUGCCAGAAGACCAUGGGUCCUGGCGGUCGCUCCCGCCAAGUGCAGCCAAUGUUGGACCUCGCCCAGGUGUCAGAGGCUGCUGCUAAGUUGUCUUCCCUUCUUGACCAGGUCCUGCAGUACGUUGAAGACGUUCUGGCGGAUCGUGCUGUGCCGAACAACGCAGCCGGCCGCCAACUGCUCGAGCUUGUCAACUCUGUGCCCAACCUCUCUGCGGACACAUUCGCUGACGCCAUCAACUCUAGCGUGAAGGAUUUACUCAUGGUGGUGACAUUAGCGCAACUGAUCAAGACGCAGCUGCAGCUCAACGAGAAGCUUACGCUGCUCACAUCUCAGUGACCUCUCAGCUAAACCUCCUGAGUCGUACGUAGCGAGUCACAACGCCUGUAAUCAAGAGUUUCUUUGUAAGAAACGAAGGGGAGCUGUUAUCUGGAGAUAACAAUUAUUAUUAUUUGUAAUAAACAAUUUGAAACUGAAAA